GUUGCUGUUUUCUGUAAUUCGUCAUCAGCUCCAGGUUAUCUCGUAGCUUUAUGGUGGGAUUUAAUGUCUGUUGUACUUUUGGAUAUCUCACUACCUAACACUCCAACUCGAUAUUGAAUAUCAGUAAAAGUCUUGAGUCACUGACUCCUUAUACAUCAGAGGAGUAGCCUUGCACUAAUUGUCAGCUGCUCGGGGUUCCCUGUGUCCCCUCCUUAAGCGUUGGAAUGGGCAGUCAUUUCCGCAGCUACAUCUGGGACCCGGUCCUCAUCUUGUCCCAGAUUGUGUUGAUGCAAUGCAUCUACUACAGCUUUCUGGGUCUGUGGCUGGCUGGAGUGGAUAGUCUCGUACAAACCAACAGAUCGUUGGACCAGAUCUUCAGUUAUGAGGUUCUUGGUUUUGCAACAAUGCAGGGCAGACUCUCAAUGAUGGCAUUCAUCUUGAACUCACUUACCUGUGCCCUGGGCCUGUGGUUCUUCAUCCGCCGAGGGAAGCAGUGUCUGGACUUCACCGUCACUGUGCACUUCUUCCACAUGAUAGGCUGUUGGAUUUACAACGCCCACUUCCCGGCGGCCCUGUCCUGGUGGCUGGUCAACGUGGCCUGCAUGGCUCUGAUGGCUGUGAUUGGAGAGUACCUGUGCAUGCGGACGGAGCUCAGGGCCAUCCCAGUCAACAGUGGACCUAAGUCUAACCUCUGACCUGACCCAACUCUGUGACACUGACUUACCCCCUGUGAAUUGUUCACCUACAGUUAUCUGUACAGUAUGAUGCGGGGUAUGACAUUUGUGCCCAAAGACUUGGUGGGACUGGGAAGUGAGCUGCAGUAACACAGUAGUUGUAUCUAGAGACAGAGAUGCUCAGAGUUGGAAGAUUGCACUCCUCUCAGUGGAUUCAAGGACUUGGAGAUAAACUGAAUUGGUUCUGGUUGCUGUAUUAAUUUUUACACAUGUACUACACAUCUAAGAGUGAAUGCUAACUUCUUCCUUGAACCACAGACUAAGAUACCACUUUCUUUGAGACCGUUUGAAGCAGAGUUUAGUUACAAAGUGUUACAAAGAUCUGAAUAGUUUCAUAAUUGAUGAAUAUAGAGAAAUGGUUGUCAUGGACAUGCUUUUUGGUUAUGUCCUAUAAAGUUGAGAGAGAAAAAAGUGCAGCUUUAUUUGAGCCAGUUGAAUGAUAAACAUUGAACAUGGUACAAUAACAAACUAGUCAUACAUGUAAAGAACAGAUCACCAAAUAUGGAGUUCUAUUUUAUUCCUCAUUAAAGUAUGUGAGUUUGAGAGAUGAACGGAAUCAGCAAAGCUUAACCAUACAAUCAACGUUUGGAAGUUAACGUGACAAGAAAGCACAUGAAAGUAGGCCUACUGAGCCAUGUAAUGGGAGCAGAAAUUAAGAAUUUAAAUACAAUACUUAAUACAGGCUUUUUGUAAAUAAUGUCCUCUGUAGUUGGUGUCUCUGAAAGACCACAUACAUAUUGAAUUCUUACAUCCUGUAGUGUUUCAGGAGCAGCAAGUAUCUGAUAAUCAUUCCUCGCUCAGCACGAUGCUAUUGGUUUUAAAAUGUUGCGUGUAUAUGAUGGGAUGCUGUGGAGAGCAGAUGGUCCCUCUGGAGAUGGUCUGUCAGCCACCAGCUGUGUUAUGACAGGAUGCUGUCACUGUGUGUGCCUGACUGCUCGCUGGUGCCAUGGCUAGUCUAUGGUAAGUUUAAAUGUAAACCUACUUUAGUAAGCAGCAUGCUCAGUGUUAAUGGUUGUCUGCUGAUUUUCAACACACUUUCUCUUUCCUUCUCAUAGUCUGAAAAUUAUUUUUACAAAGAAAUAACCUAGGCUAUGACCUUUGACAUUUUUUUAUCUUAAUUCGGAACUUCUGUUUAAUUUGAAUUGCAGUGGAAAUCAGGACUAUGCAGUGUAAUGUUUCCACACCAACUUUCUCCUCUAGCGUUGGUGCUAAGGGGUUUUAUAUCACCAAGUUGUUGAACUCUUAGUAAGUUUGAUCGUUUGAAGUCUCGAAGGGAAAACUCUGCCACUUUUCAACCUCAUUAAUGUUCUCCAGUACCAUUGUCUACAUAUGUGAAAGCGAUCUGUGGUUAAAACGAUUAGAAAAAAGGUAAUAAAAAAUGCUUCUCUCUGACAUCACAUGGUAGGAUUAAAAGUAACCAAGAGGGAGGGUAUUUUCUUGGACCCCACUUCACCUCGAAUGUCAAAGUUUAAAAAUCACUGUUUAAAAAAACCUGUUUUAACCUUUGAUGAUGUCAUCAAAAAGACACAGUAUUCACAGAUGUAGAUACUGGAUUGGUGCUGGAGAUAAUUAAUAUGAGGUUGAAAAGUGGUGGAGUUGCCCUUUAAGACCAAAUCCUUUGUUUUUGUUUUAUUGUCACAGCAAAGAGUGCUUCUCUUCACAUCACAGAUUUUCCUGGGAUGGUUUUUCUCAGAUUUUAAACCACAACUUGUUUUAAAAAAUAUACAUUUUAAGCCAUUUAUGUAAUAAAGCUAAUGAAACUAUAA